UUAGAUGGCGGUAUGUACAUACUACAGAUGGCGCAUGUAGUCUUCUUCGAUUGCGGUUGCAAAUAUUACUACGUAUAUUCUACUGGAACCAAUUACCAUUCACAUACUUCUUGUGAGAGAGUUCACUUGAUUUUACGUAUAAAAUACGAAUAAUACAAAACAUAAUCAUGCCAGUCCCAGCACUUCAGAAACCUGCUCCUGCUUUCCAUGGUACUGCAGUUGUAAAGGGAGAAUUUAAAGAAAUUUCCCUUUCUGACUACAAAGGGAAAUAUGUUGUACUGUUCUUCUAUCCAUUGGACUUUACAUUUGUUUGCCCAACUGAAAUCAUUGCCUUUUCUGAUCGUGCCGAAGAAUUUGAGAAAAUUGGUUGUAAACUCAUUGCUGCAUCUACUGAUUCUCACUUCAGUCACUUGGCAUGGGUAAAUACACCACGUAAACAGGGUGGUCUUGGUGAAAUGAACAUUCCCCUUCUUGCUGACAAAAGCACUAAAAUUGCACGCGAUUAUGGCGUGCUUGAUGAAGAAAGCGGAAUUCCAUUCCGUGGUCUCUUUAUCAUAGAUGACAAACAAAAGCUACGUCAAGUUACUAUUAAUGAUUUACCAGUUGGCAGAUCUGUUGAUGAGACUCUGCGUUUAGUUCAAGCAUUCCAGUAUACUGAUAAACAUGGAGAAGUAUGUCCUGCUGGUUGGAAACCAGGAAAGAAGACUAUGAAGCCUGAUGUGGCUGCUUCUAAGGAAUACUUCAAGGAUACAUAAAUGCAUCAAUUAAAAAGAUUCCUACAUCUUAUUAAAGCUGUCAUUUGUGUAUAAUACUUUAUCCGUACUAAAACCCAGUAUAUUAUUUUGUAAUGAAUAGGAUGUUAUUUAAAUAUCAAUGCUAAUUAUAUUUUCAAUAUGAACUAUUUUCAUUCCCUAUAAUAAAUGUAUUUCAUAUAUUGUGUA